ACAGUUUUGCUUAAGAGCUCACAGGAUCGUCUAAGUUUUUACAGUUUGCUGGAAAAUUUCCACUUCUUCACGGAGGGUGAGAAGGAGCGUGGAUUGUUUUUGAACCGUCUCUUCGAAGGUCAAAGAAGCUUGCUACUUUUCUUGCUUUCAUCUUCUCUGGCGUCCUUCUUACGGACAGCGCCUAGCUUCUCAACUCUCUGAUAGGAGAGCUCUUUCACAGUGAUUCUUUAGGGUUUCUUCCAGGAAAAUCUCACUUAUCUCGUUCUCUAAGAUCAGGUUUUUAUAGCAUUUAUAGUAUUUAUAUCUGGAAAAUGGUAUUCAGUGACUUUUUCAAUGCGUGUGGGGAGAGCGGCGCUACUUGGGACGGUUCGGAGCGAAGGAUCUGCCUUUUCUAGGGGGGGAUUAGUUCAUGAUUCUGAGAGAUAAGGCUGGAAUUCCUUUAGAUUUUCACACCUUAUGGCUAUGGAUUGUGGCGCUGGAAGCCCCACAUCGGAGGAUCUGCUCAACAUGUCGGGACUAUUGAAUCUCGAUUGGUUUAAUGAUUCUUCAAGUUCUUUGUCUUCCGACUUGCUCUUCUCUUCCUUUAACUACUCAUCUUUGCAUCCUCUGUUUGGGAAUUCUGCCUCUUUGACAUCUCCAUGUGGUUUGGAGCAAGCUACGGAUUCCGUUUUAGAGGAUGAACGAGCUUCUGGGGAUGGAGAUUGUGUGUUUAGAGAAAACUUGGCAGCUCAAAAACCUAUUUUGCAAUCAGAGUAUUCACCGAAUUCGGCUAAGAAGGGUGAAGUUGAUUCUGUAGAGAAAGCUGAGAAUGGAACUUCAAGCGUUAUUCUCAAAUCAAUAGGGGAUUUUACUUUUUCUGACAGGAUGCUUAAGGCGCUAUCCUUGCUCAAGGAGUCUUCUGGUGGGGGUAUCCUUGCCCAAGUAUGGAUACCUGUUAAGCAAGGUGAUAAUUAUAUGUUGAGCACCUCCGAGCAGCCGUUUCUUCUGGAUAAUGUUCUUGCUGGGUAUCGUGAGGUUUCUAGGAUUUUCACUUUCUCUGCAAAAGAAACUCCUGGGAUGUUUCCUGGAGUGCCCGGCCGUGUAUUCAUCUCAGGGCUUCCUGAAUGGACCUCAAAUGUCCUCUACUACAACAAGUUUGAAUACCUGAGGGUACAAUAUGCUAUCAGCCAUGAUGUUAGGGGAUCACUUGCUGUGCCAGUUUUUGAUCCCCAUCAAUCCGGGUGUCGUGCAGUUCUUGAACUUGUCACAAUGAAAGAGAAGUCAAAUUUUAAUGUUGAGAUGGAGAAUGUUUGUCGGGCUCUGCAGGCUGUGGAUUUAAGGACAACCAAAUCACGCGUGCAUCACCAGAAUCUUACAAAGGAGCAGAGAUCUGCACUUUCAGAGAUAUUAGAUGUUCUAAGAGCUGUUUGCCAUGCACAUAUGCUACCUUUGGCACUUACGUGGAUGCCCAAGGCAUGUAAUCCUGGAACAAUUGAUGAUGAUGUUGCUGGUAGUGCUUCUACAUCGAAGGCCAAGCCAUAUCUAAUGGAACGCAUGCUUUGCCUUCAGGAGUCAGCCUGUUAUGUUAAUGAUUCACAAAUGCAUGGUUUUCUGCAAGCCUGUGCUGAGCAUUACCUUACUAAAGGGCAAGGCAUUGCAGGAAAAGCACUUUUAUCAAAUCAUCCAUUUUUCUCACCUGAUGUAAAAGGAUAUGACAUAGGGGACUAUCCACUUGUACAUCAUGCUCGCAAGUUUGGCUUACAUGCUGCUGUUGCUAUCAGGUUAAGAAGCACCUACACCGGGGAUGAUGAUUUCAUAUUAGAGUUAUUUCUCCCAUUGAAUUGCAAAGGAGCCAAAGAGCAGCAGCUCUUGUUAAGUAACCUCUCUGUCACUAUGCAGAAAAUUUGUAUGAGUUUGAGGACAGUUUUAGAUACUGCAGUAGUUAGGCCGGAUGCCCGUGAAGUUGACACUGAAAAUUUUAAAGUGACGAACUCCAUGUCUUCUGAAAUUGCAGGCAGAUAUUCUCAGCCUAUUUCUGAGAGAAACCUAACGGUAGCUGAUGUAUCUUCCCAAGAUCAAAAUAUGGAUUUCGAUGAGCAG